UCGUGCUGGUCGCAAGCUAGGGAAGGGUUGAGCGACUCGCUGAGGCUAGCGGGCCCGGCGGGCGUCCUCGGCCACUAUGAGCUGCACGAUCGAGAAGAUCAUGACAGACGCCAAGACGCUGCUGGAGCGUCUGCGCGAACACGAUGCGGCGGCCGAGUCCCUGGUGGACCAGUCGGCCGCGUUGCACCGGCGGGUGGCAGCGAUGCGGGAGGCGGGCGCCGUGCUACCCGAGCAGUAUCAAGAGGAUGCACCCGACGUGAAGGACAUGUCUAAAUAUAAACCUCACAUUCUGCUGUCCCAAGAGAAUACCCAGAUUAGAGACUUACAACAGGAAAACAGAGAGCUGUGGGUUUCCUUGGAGGAACACCAGGAUGCUUUGGAACUCAUCAUGAGCAAGUACCGGAAACAGAUGUUGCAGUUAAUGGUGGCUAAAAAAGCAGUGGACACCAAACCGGUUCUGAGAGCUCACCAGUCUCACUCUGCAGAAAUUGAAAGUCAGAUUGAUCGAAUCUGUGAAAUGGGGGAAGUGAUGAGGAAAGCAGUUCAGGUGGAUGAUAACCAGUUUUGUAAGCUUCAGGAGAAACUAGCACAACUAGAGCUUGAAAAUAAGGAACUUCGAGAAUUAUUGUCCAUCAGCAGUGAGUCUCUUCAGGUCGGAAAGGAAAGUUUUGUGGAUCCUGCUUCUCAGCCCAUCAAAUAACUGAACUUCUGAACGCAGGCUGCAGAUGGUCCGUCCAGGAGAGAAGUGACGACCUCUCCGUAGGACGUGUCUCUUCAAGAGUCCUGCCACAGACUUGACUUAGUGUUGAUUAGAGGUUUGAGAUGGCAGUCCAAAUUUGCCACCUGCUAGUCAUUGUCCACAGAACAGUUUGGGGUAUAUUAGUGAACACAGAGGUGUCUCCCAUUCCUUUCUCAGAGACUACAUUUAGUUUUGACUCUGGGACCUGAAUUUAUAUAAACUGUUGUUUUCAGUUCAUGUUUGUUUUCACAUCUCUGAAAUCUGAACAUUUUAUUAUAAGCCAGUGAUUUUAUUUUAUAUAGGAUUAUAAAAUUGACUUUUAAGAGAUCGAAUUUUUUAAAAGUACUUGUUUGGCAUAAACCUGAUUUUAUUUCCUUUUUCCACUUGCAAAAGUGACAUGAUUCCCAGAAGCAGACUGGCAGCCCCUCUGAGUUGAGCCCCACUCAUCUGUGGAGUUUGGAUUCUCUCUGGUGCUAGGAGCUGGCACCUCGUGGUCGGGUGUCUUUACUCUUAAUUUGAGAGAAUCUAUUCCUAAUCCCUGGGAAGUAUACUUGAAAUCAAGUCAUCUGGGUUUGGGUUGUUUCUCCUCCUCCCCCAGGAUCACACAGUCAUUCAGAAAGUGCUGAGGAACUUGGACCUGCCCCGUCAGGUGCAGUCCCAUGUGAGCACUUGAUUUAAAUGCCAAAAGUAGUUUUUAUUUAUUUGAUCAAGUAAUCAGUUUCCCAUCUUGUUUGACUAAGGUAGCUUGCCGGCUCUGAAGAACACACCAGAGUUUGCAGGCACUGUGCCCACUGUUGAAUUGAUAGGCUGCCGCCGUGAAGAACGGCCCUGCUUGGCUGGCUCACGCUGGCGAGUGUGCUCUGCUGUCUUAGAUGUGUUUGCUUUUUACACGGAAGCACUUUUAUCACCGACAGAAAGUUACUACAUUCCCGGUGCCACACAGGCAGUUGAGAACAGCACUAAGAUCUGGCUGCAUAGGGAGGAGGCAGAAAUCCUUAAAUAAAUUAAUUAAUUAAAAAAAAAAAGAUCUGGCUGCAUGGAGGCUCUACUAGUUCCCUUGUCGGCCUUUCCCUGUCCUGGUUUGCUCUAAUUUAUACAUAAUUUCUUCUAUGCUAUUUGUUUGCCCAGAGUGGCUGAAAAACCUUAACCUUGUCAAUAUUUGUCACAACUCAGCCCCAUACCACAUGAGAAAGGUGGUAUUAAAAAAGAUCUAGUGUUUUAUAUGUCAUAAAGCUUCUUUUGUAUCCAGAAUGUUUUGAGUCCCUCCGAUCCCAUUAGUACCUAUUGACAUAGAGCUGUGGACAGCUCCAGCUGUUGGCCUUGCAGUGUCCCGUAAGUGCCCAAAGUGUGCUCCACAAGCCCAUCAGGAGCAGGUAUUCUCUACACGGGACAGCUGUCAGUCAGGUUCCAUUGAAAAAGGUAGUGUCAGCAGAGUCUGCUUCAGCAGUGUAUCUGCCUUGUGUUUCCUCUGUACAUCUUAGACACCAGAAGAAUCUCUUCCUUUUAGCCCUGGGGAUAUACUGAGCUUUCAGUGCCCUACGCCAUACACAAUCUGCGUGGUGUUAAUGCUGUGAAGAGAAUAUAGAGCUAGUGUGUUGAAUGGAGAAGGAAUGUUCUUCACUGUGUGUGAAGAUGGUAAUGUCCCUUGCAGUGGAUGGAAGAAUUUAGUGUAUGAAAUUAUCUUUGCUAAUAAACAAGUCUUUUGG